UAGUCGGUCGACAGGAGCAGCUCUCGGGCUGUCACCACUUUGCGCGAAAUUCAAAAGUUUCGAAGUAUGAAACUUUGCAACUUGCAACAAAAUUAUCGUUUGCGUUUAAAGUUUGCUAAUAUGUAACAAAAGCUUAAGAAGUACGAAAAUGAAAUUAAAGCUGGGACCGAUCUUGUUGCUUAUUAACUUGCUCGCCGCGGAGUUUAUAAGAGAGGAAUUUGAGAUUCGCCAUAGGCGAUCGCGCUUAAUCAGGCAUCGCCGGAAUGGAAAUCGGAAUCACAAAAAUACUGACAAAAAAACUAAAGAAUUUAUUACCGAAAAGACCGCAGUUUUUGAAGACAAUGUGACAGUUACGACUAUUGGAGAAGACGUCCUUGUUAAGUUGCCAGCAGCUGAAAGCACUUCUCGCCAUGCCGAAUUUGAUAUAAUAAAUAUUACUGUAAAUACAAAUGUUGCUAUAAAUUAUGAGAAUACGUAUGAUAAAUCAUUUCUGUUCCUGGGUGAUAGUUUAGACAGUUCGCAAACUAAUCUCACAGAUGUUAAAUAUGAGCGCGAAUCAAAUAAAACGCCCGCCGAAACUUAUAUGGAGGAAAUACGAAAAAGACCUGAAAAUAACAGCCGAAUGGCAAAUGGAGAUGUAGAUAUUGUAUCGCAUUUCCUGCGAAUAGUCGAAUCUCAACAUUUGUUAGGAGACAACUGCACUGCUGGGACUAAUUUAACUCUUCGAGAAGGAGUCGUUGAUCGUUAUGCUCAAGAAAGAUUCCGUGUUGAAGCCGAUGUUGCUGUAAAUAAAGCCAACAUGCUUACCCGUCUUUGGAAAUAUGCUGACCCCAAAGUAGUUGACUCUGAAUAUUUAUUGUACGCGUCUGUGUUUUCUAUGGUUGAAUUCGACGAUGUAAUUUUUGCUGCUGGUAACUGCUACGAUCAACAUCAAUAUAAAGACUAUUUGUUGUUUUGCCCUUACGCUUAUCGGCUUCCCGAAGGACAGAUUUUGGUUAAAGAUCUUGCUGUAGAGUACAAUUAUAUGAGCAAUUCUUCCGAGUGGUUCUUUAAAGCGCGCAAGAAGGCUGAGACUGUCAUCAAGAACUUCGACCAAUUUAGUAGAGGUUACACAACUUAUCGAUUUAAUGGAACAGCUCACGAUAUGCGAAUUCCUGAAGAAAUUUUGGCUGUUAGAUAUGAAGAUGGCAAGUGGUCGAAGCCCUACUACGAUUGUGGCGGUGGUAACAUAUGGAUGCUUACUUAUACUGUUCCAUUCUUCGGCUUCAAGAACAACACAUACUUUUUCAAAGGUACCAGUGGAAUCGAUAUUGACCUCCGUCACGUCGACAUUGAUCAAUGUCCAACUCCUGAGGGCCAGACCCAGCUAAAUAUUUUUGCAGACUCAGCAAAGUGCAAGAAACAAACUACAAUGUGCGUCCCAAUAUCUGGUUUAGGAUUCCGACGUGGAAGCUAUAAGUGCGUCUGUAGGAGAGGAUUCUAUUUUCCAGACACGAAUGCCGAACCACGUUAUUAUAACGGCACUGAGAUUGAGGAAGAGUAUGAGAAGCGAUUGUUGGGGCUUUCCAAUCAAUAUGAUGUCAUUGGAAUGUUUGAAUGCGCAGCGUGUCCAGAAGGUUGUGAUUCCUGCACUGACGAUCGACCAUGCGUCGUGUCUUUAAAUUGGGUGAUGCGCAGCUCAAUUUUAGCUCUGUCUUGCAUAAUCGCUUUCUGCUUGCCUAUGAUUUUAUUCUUCACGUGGAAAUGGCAAAAUAUUAAGGUUGUUCGUGCUGCAAGUCCAGUACUGUUACGCGUAAUAGCCUUGGGUGCAUUUUUCAUGUACGGCACGAUGAUUGUUACAUAUUUCAAACCGACUAUCUACUAUUGUACUGCUCGAAUAUGGCUUAGAGAAAUUGGUUUUUCCUUGACUUACGGAGCAUUAAUGCUGAAAACUUGGAGGAUAUCGGUUAUUUUUCGGGUAAGAUCAGCAAAGGCUAUAAAGAUCACUGAUGUGAACCUUCUGAAGAGACUUGGGAUUAUAUUAGCAUUUUUUACUGCUUUACUGACCAUUCGCACUCUGGUGGCUCCUCCUAUUGUUAUUGUUGGCAGAACCGAAGAUGAUUUGAAGGCAUACUUGUGCCGAACCGACUUAUGGGACAACUUCUUCAGUGUUGUGGAAAUAGCGUUUUUGAUUUGGGGAAUUCGACUUUGCGUCGUAGUGCGAAAGGCUCCUUCCGAAUUCAACGAAAGCAAAUUUAUCUCUCUUGCAAUCUACAACGAAUUCGUACUGUGCUUGUUCCUGAAUGUUACAACUUUUUUCUUGCAAAAACCUGCGAAUCCAGAUUUGAUGUACAUAAUAUACUUUGUGCACACUCAACUUAGCGUAACUUUGCUAUUGGGCCUGAUUUUUGGAAGCAAGGUUAUAAUGGUUAUUAAAAAUAAAGGAAAACAACAAGAAGAUGGAUCUAGCAUGGUGUACAAAACUCCAUCGAAAUUCCUGAUCAAAAACCGACAUGAAACAUCUCAGUACACUAGCGCAAACUCCUCUGUAGCUGGGCAGGAAGUAGUUUAUUCCAAAUAUAGCGAACAAGAUAUACAAGAAGAAUUUUUAAGACUUUACACCCAACUUGAAUUGCUGAAGGAACGCAAUAUGCGAGUUGGAAAUCGACAUUUGGCUUCAAAAAUCAACGCGAUGCAAGAUGCUGCACGAAUGUGUGAUGACAACGAAAAAUCAUCCAUUAUAAUUCGCAGUAGUAGUAGUCUUUGCAUAUCUCAAGAGCGAUCAAUUACUGACACUGCCGACGAAUCGUAUGUAAAAAUUAAGCGUCAAAGUGUUUCUUUCGCAGUGGAUUCCAAAUCUAACGACGAACCUACCGUUACCAUUGAACACAAUUCCAGUAAUCAUGCAGUGGGAGAUACACUUACUGUACCAGAUCAACAACCAGCUAUUGUAAUUUCGGAGGAAACAUCCAAGCGGAAAGAAGAUGAAAAUACUGAUAUUGAAACGGAUGAAACCAGCUCAACAUAUCCUUCUAGUGAUACGAAAAAAACUAGUGCAACUGAUACCAAUGGUAGGCAUUUGUUGUCAGGUCAUGCCCGGACACAUUCUAUUGUUAUCAAUUUAGAUGAUAAGAGUCGUUUUACUGAUGAAAUAACUGUUUAAAUGAUGUACUUCGUUUUUGUUAAUGUACCUGAUGUAAGGUUGUAAUAUAAGUGUGACUCAUUCAUUUUUAAAUAAAUGUCUAAACAAUU